UUGUUUGUUGAUUUGCAUCAGAAAAUUGAAAUGAAAUUUGGUAAAAUUGACUUUUUUAACUUCAAUUUGAUUUCGGAUGUUGCUCUGUACUGUUGGCCUUUCGAUACUUUCCGAGGCUCUUUCUAAGACUAAACUGUCUUCCGUAUCUUUGAAAUCAAAAACCUGUUGAUUCCUAGCCUGCCAAAUUUCACAAGUUACUGCAGCAACAUAACUCAUAUCCUCUGCAUUAAGGUGGGCUAGGCUGUGAACCAACCAACCUAUGAAAUCCCACUGAUAGCUUCCAAAAUUGACUCCUAAUUUCGAACCAAACCAAAUUUUAGAUGUGUGGUGGCAGUCCAUAAAAACGUGAUUAAUAGUCUCUUCCUUUUGGAGACACCUAGGACAGAGAAUUAGACAUUGAACUCCACGCUUACUAAGUGCGCUUCUAACGGGGAUAGCUUGUUGGAUGAUUCUCCAAAUCAGUGCUUUGUGUCUAGGGAUAGUGGCCAUGCUCCAAAGUUUCUUCCACUCAUUGUGGUAGGGGUCAGAAUGCGCAGAACUAGGUAGGACAGUGUUCUUCAAAAUCAUUCCUUUCAUUCUGAAACAAACACAGCAUGGUAAAAGGACGAACCCUUCUUCGUUUUGUUAUGUUGAAUAUGUUUUGAGUUUAUUGAACUAAAUGUUAGGUUAUUAAUUUUUUGUUGUGGGGUUUAUUGAUUUGUGAGAUUUUUUAUCUCAAUUUAAGAUUUAAGAUUGAACUAUACUAUAGAAGGUGUUGUAUAGUUGAAUUGGUGUGCUUGUGUGUGUGUUUCAUAGGAUCAAAUUGCUUCAUUUGCCACUAAAUCUUCCAAGAGAAAUGCUAUGUGCAAACGCUAUCUACAGACUAGUGCAUGAUCUUUGCAGUCCCCCAUGGUUUUAACAUUGUUGCUUCGUCUUUAAUAGUAUUUUUCCCUUAUGCAGGAAAUGAUAAAAGGGUGUAAUAAAUUACCGACAUUGUCCAACCUCUUGAAGAAGCUAGACCAAGAAUUUAAAGAAAAACUUUGGACUAUAAUUAGGGAUAAUGGUAGGGGUAGCUCAUUACUUAGGCUACUAAAACUUGUCCCAGACGACAACGUGGAGUUUCCAACUCCUUUGUUGAUGCAGUUCAUGAGAUUUUAUAGUGUAGACCACGAAUCCAACCCCACAUAUUAUAGUUUUAACGUUUGUGGUGGUCAACGAAUGAAUGUCACCUUGCAAGACGUUUUAUAUUUGACCAGCUUACCGAUCAUUGGCCGGGCGGUUGUCCCCAAUGAUAGUAGGGACAACAAUGCUUUUCACCGAGUUUUCUCGGCUCAUGAAGAUCGGAAGCUAAUUACCCUAGUCGAGUUACAAUCAUUAUGUACCGAUUUGAGUAGAAAUGAGGAGGAGAGGAUCAAAGUUGUACUACUAAUGAUUGUAACAUGUUUAAUAACCCCUGAUGGCAAUGGCCAUAAUUGCAAUACUUCAUACGUGAAGUUUAUUGAAAAUUUAGAUGAGGUGGAUUCAUUUGCUUGGGGUGCAGCAUUGUUGGCAUACUUAUACCAAGGCAUGAAGAAACAUAUUUUGAAGCAGAAGAACUUAGAUGGCUUCCUAUGGCUUAUACUUGGAUUCUUCUUUUAUCAUUUUAAAGAACUAUUUGACAUUUUCGAUAUAGAUGGGGACCAAGUGAUGACGCCUGCGGUGGGUGUGCCAAUGAUUUUUCCUUUGAUAGAGAAAUUGUCUCCAAUCGGAAAAAACCACCACUCGAAGAUUGAUAACGCCCUAGAUGUAAAAAUUGACCGUGUACGUGUACUGCUGGAAAACGUGGAGGAAUCAAGCUGCAGAUGAAAACGACAUAUCACGUUGCUUCCGCACUAAAAUUUACCCCAAAAAGGAUGAAAUAGAUGUGUGUUCAAAGUUUCUGAAGCAACAUGAAAACAAUAUCGACUUUCAUAUCCCUGCAUGGAUUACAACUGUUGGCAAAAGAGGUACUAUGGUUACUUUUAAGUUGGACAAUGGUAGAUGGCUAUUGUGUGGAGGCAUGUCAGUAGCAAAGGCUAAUAAUUUUAGGAAACCAACCGAUGUUUACCUUGUAUAUGAGGAAGAUAACAAGUUUCAAAUGUGGCUCAAUGAAAGAUUUGAAACUAAAUCAGAGCCCAAUAAGCACAAACUGUACUUAUAGUUUAUUGAAUUUUUUUACCAUUUUUUUUUUAAAUUUCAGAAUUAACUCAACACUUAUUAUGAUUAGAAAUCUAUAGCUUAAAUACUUAAUAAAACAAAUUCAAUAUAAUUAAAUUCA